CCAUUAAUAUGCAGAGCUAGUUCUCAAAGCUUCAGUAAGUAAGGCAAGUUCCAACCUCUAAUUUACAGUCUUUUUAUUGAUGAGGUAUUUUAAUCACUAGAGGAGACUCCUUGCAGUGAAUCACGGUCGUAUCUCAUGACAAAUAUCUGUGAAAUCUAUGCAUGGCACAGUCUGCAGUCUUGUUGAUUAUGUGCUAUAGCAAUCACAAACAUGUUUGUUAAUGUGAACAUUGGUCAUUUGGGGUCAUUUCCUUGAUGUGAAGGCGGUUUGAUACGGUAAGAACUUUUACUUUCCCAGGGAAAGAGCAAAAAUGGAAGAGAAAAUGAAAGCAGCGUCAAAUUAUGACAAGGCAUUAUUGCAGAGUAAGGAGCUGUAUCAGUACAUUUUGGACACAAGUGUGUACCCAAAUGAAACAGAGCCUCUUAAGGAGCUGAGAGAAGUUUCUGCAAUCCAUCCAAGGUAUUGGAUGGGCACUGCACCAGAUGCGGGUCAAUUGAUGGCAAUACUACUGAAGCUUAUCAAUGCUAAAAGGACCAUUGAAAUUGGAGUCUUCACUGGAUACUCUCUUUUACUCACAGCCCUAACAAUUCCUGAGGAUGGAAAGAUAAUAGCCAUAGACGUUGAUCGCGAGGCAUACGAAAUGGGAUUUCCCGUUAUCAAGAAGGCCGGUGUAGAGUACAAAGUCAACUUCAUCAAAUCCGAGGCUCUCCGAGCUCUAGAUGAUUUAAUGGAAAAUCUUGAUAAUGAGGGGAGCUUUGACUUUGCCUUUGUUGAUGCGGACAAAAUCAACUACUUGAAUUAUCAUGAGAGGUUAAUGAAACUGGUCAAAGUGGGUGGACUAGUCAUCUACGACAACACCCUCUGGAGAGGAACUGUUGCGAUGCCUGAAGAUGCAGUUGGAGAGAAAUAUAAGGAGGGUCGAAAGCUGCUGAUGGAGUUCAACAAGUUGCUCGCCAAUGAUGCUCGCAUCCAAAUUUGUCAUGCUUCGAUAGGUGACGGGAUGAUGAUCUGCAGGCGAGUUCCCUAAGUUAUUAUCUGUUGACCCGCACGCUAUUCCUUUUUCAAAAAGGAGAUCGCAUUUGCCAUAACUUCUUAUAUCUUCGCAAUGUUGUUGUCUUGUAUAUUAUAAUAACCAACAUUUGUGAAUAUGCUAAAAUUGAUGUGCUCAUCAGAAAGUGAUAUGAAUGAUUGAUAAAUAAAUAUUGUUACUACAGAAACAUUCGUAAUAAAUGUACAUUUUGUCGUGGCAUCGGGAAAUU